UACCAAUCGCUGCAAGUGAAAACACUAGCAAAAUGUCAAAAUACGUUGACUAGGAUCCUGUAUUACCGACUUUCUUUUUACAUUUCUUCAAUACAGCAAUGGCGCCGGUAGCAAAGAAGGAAAAAAAGGAAAUCAAAGACAAGUCGAAGAACUCUAUGCGAGAUCUUCACAUUCGCAAACUCUGCUUAAACAUUUGUGUGGGAGAAUCUGGUGACAGAUUAACUCGAGCAGCGAAGGUGCUGGAACAACUGACUGGACAGCAACCUGUAUUUUCCAAAGCCAGAUAUACCGUAAGAUCAUUUGGAAUCAGGCGUAAUGAAAAAAUUGCGGUACAUUGUACAGUCCGCGGCGCCAAAGCUGAAGAGAUUUUGGAAAGGGGCCUGAAAGUACGAGAGUACGAAUUAAGGCGUGACAAUUUCUCUGCGUCUGGCAACUUUGGAUUUGGUAUCCAAGAACACAUUGAUCUUGGAAUUAAAUACGACCCUAGUAUUGGUAUCUAUGGGUUAGAUUUUUAUGUCGUUUUGGGCCGACCUGGAUUCAAUGUGGCCCACAGGAGGAGAAAGCAAGGAAAGGUUGGUUUCCCUCAUCGAUUAACCAAGGAAGAUGCCAUGAAAUGGUUCCAGCAGAAAUAUGAUGGUAUAAUUCUGGCGAGUAAAAAGUAAA